AUGACUUCUCAUGACAUCCAAAAAGAUAUUGUGACUGCGUGUAAGAUUGAAACAGUUAAGGCUAUAAUAGAGGAUAUAAAUAGUGACUACUUUGCUUUAUUGGUUGACGAAUCUAGAGACGUGUCACGCAAAGAGAAAAUGGCUAUUUUUCUAAGAUAUAUUGACAAAAUGAGGUUUGUGAUGGAGGCAUUUAUUGGACUUGUUCAUAUUAAAGAUACUAGUGCUUUAUCUCUAAAGAAAGCAAUUGUAGAUUUACUUGCUCACCAUUCUUUGACUUUAUCUAAUGUACGUGGACAAUGUUACGAUGGGGCAAGGAAUAUGCAAGAAACGGGUAGAAGGUUGAAUCAAGAAUUUGGUCUUGUUAAAGCCGGUGAUACUCGUUGGGGAUCUCACUACAAGUCAUUUGGAAACUUUAUUAGUAGCUUUGACUAUAUUGUUGAUGUACUUGAUACUCUUGUUGAAAAUAAAAAGGAGCAAGACAUUGCAAAUGCCAUGAUUUUUGUAAAGGUAGCAAAGACAAGGUUGCAAGCUUUAAGAGAUAAUGAAUGGUAUCCUCUCUUUAAAAAAAAUAUUGGAUGGGAUUCACUUAAAGAAAAGGUAGAAGCAUUUUUUAUCAAGAAUGACAUUUCAUUACCCAAUUUUGAUGAUCCAUAUGCUAAUUCUGGGAGAUCACGACGUAAAGUAGUUAUUUGUAACACUUUGCAUCAUUAUCGUGUGGAUGUGUUUUAUAAAAUCACUGAUUGGCAACUACAAGAACUUAAUGAUCGUUUCAAUGAGGUGACAAGUGAUUUUCUUAAUGGAGUAUCCUGCUUGAAUCCAAUUGAUUCAUUUUCUAGUUUUGACAUAAAGAAGAUAAUGAGAAUGACUGAAUUAUAUCCUGAUGAUUUUGAUGGGUCCAACAUGAGAGCUCUUGAGAAUCAACUUGUUAAUUACAUUAUUGAUGUUCGUGAUAUUAAUGAAAGGUUCUCCAAUUUGGGUGGACUUGGAGAACUUUCAAGAAAGUUGGUUGAGACAAACAAGCAUUUAACCUAUUCUCUUGUAUUUCUUUUAGUGAAGUUUGCUUUGCUUCUACCUGUUGCCACUGCUACAGUUCAAAAAGCUUUUUCGGUAAUGAAGAUUAUCAAGAAUGACUUGCGAAAUUGA